CUUCCCCCUUCCCAUCAUGCAUCAUUUCAAAAUGGCCGCCAACCGGGACUUGUUUCAACGGUUGCCUGUGAAAUACCAACUUAAGUCUUACAAUUCAGGUCCUUAAGCAGCCACAGACAUACCGACGGUAGAGUUAAAGCAGAAGACAGUAUGUUUAAGUAUAAAGCAAGCAAAAGAAGCUCUUCACAGCUUCCUCCAAAGAAGAAACUCAAGGUGGAAUUGGAACCAGCAGCUGUCGACGCAUUUGAGUUCACAGACUCCGGCAGUGACGAUGAGCGGAUGCCAUCCUUCAAUCUGAAUCGCAGGACCUCCAGCAAUGAAGCGAUCAGCCCAAGCCUGGCCCCAGGCCAGGGCCAGAGCCUUGACCAUUUCUCCCCAAAGGUGGACAGUUCUAGUAGCCUGGGUAGCCAGCUGGCCAGCCCAACCUAUGCACCAUUUGCUGAGUUCAGGGAGUCCCUUUCCCCUGAGGCCCGGCCCAAGCUAGGCCACGGAAACUCCAGCGGCGACAGGUUUGUCCGGUCAGAGAGCCAUUCCUCAACAGACGACUCAAUGUCUGAAAAGGAGGUGUCGCCUUCCUUUUCCCAUCCGCCACCGCCAGUGCAACGGGACACAAGCCUUGAUGGCAACUACAGCAAUAUGGCACAGAAGAUGAUGGCCAACAUGGGAUACCAGAAGGGCAAGGGUCUGGGUCUUCGCGGAGAAGGUCGGGUGGACAUCGUUGAGUCAUCUAAGCAGCGCGGGAGGCGUGGCUUGGGUCAUGUGACUGAGGGAUUUGAAGCCAGCGAUGACCUAGUGUGGGAGGACAACGAAGAGGUUUCUGCCCACGAGACGUAUAAAUGGAUGCCUCCCUGCAAUCCAAUAGAGGAAGCGGAAUUGGCUCAGUGGAGAGACUGGAAGAGAGAGAAGAGAAAAGACUACAUUGAUGAUGAAACCCACUUCUGUGACCCAGACAUUUUGAGAAAACUUUUGAGUGCAAAGUCAGCGUUUGACAAGCUUGACGAUCCUGAGGAGAUGAGACAGGCCCGGACUCGGUCCAAUCCCUUCGAGACGCUCCGCGGUGGAAUCUUCCUCAACAGAGCUGCCAUGAAGAUGGCCAACAUGGACCAGGUCUUCAACUUCAUGUUCACGUCGCCCAGGGAUGGGCAUGAGAGACCUUUGGUAGGCCACAAUGACCUGCUGUACUUUGCGGACAUCUGUGCUGGCCCCGGUGGCUUCAGUGAGUACGUCCUCUGGCGUCGCAAGCACAGGACCAAAGGGUUUGGCUUCACCAUCAAGGGACCCAACGACUUCAAGUUGGAGGAGUUCUUUGCUGCAUCGCCUGAAUACUUUGAGCCUCAUUACGGUGUGAAUGGUGCCAAUGGGGAUGGGGACAUCAUGAGCAGUGACAACCAGAUAGAAUUCAGGAAGUUUGUCUUUGAGAAUACAGACAACAAAGGGGUGCACUUUGUCAUGGGAGAUGGGGGGUUUUCAGUGGCCGGUCAAGAGAACAUUCAGGAGAUACUCAGCAAGCAGUUACUACUGUGUCAGUUACUGGUCGCCCUCUCUGUACUCAGGCCAGGGGGUAGUUUUGUAUGCAAGACCUUUGACCUUUUCACGCCCUUCAGCAUCGGCUUGAUGUAUCUCCUGUACAAAGCUUUCUACCGAGUAUCCUUGUUCAAGCCGGUCACAAGCAGACCUGCCAACUCAGAAAGGUACGUGGUGUGCAAAGGCAUGCGGACGGGCGCCAACCUGAUCCAUGAUUACCUGUUUGACUUGAACAAGGCGAUGAACAGACUGAAGAACACCGGCCAAGACAUCUUGGAGUGUGUUCCCCUGGAUGUCAUCAAGGCAGACGCCCAGUUCACUCAGUACAUCAAAGACCAGAAUGAGAGCCAAGCUCGAAGCCAAGCCCAGGGUCUUGCCAAGAUCCAAGCCUUCGUCCGCAACACCACACUGAUUGAGCCCAAGCAGGCUGAUAUGAGGGAGGAGUGCCUUAAGCUGUGGGGGGUACCAGGUGAGACGAGGUCCACCCCCAAACUUCCAGACCCGAUGACAAAGUUUAAUCAGCUCAAUAAGGAUGACAGUAUCGAGUUCUUCCAUCAUCCCCCCACGGUGCUGGACAGGGAGAGCCUAGGUAGAAGCAUCCGUAGUAUCUUUGACUAUCGCUGUAUGGUGUCUGGUGGAGAGAGGCUCUUCAUCAUCGGUAUCGGGAGAUCACAUGUGUUCCAGUGGGACGGCAGGCCUGGCAGCAAGUGGAGCAAAUUGCAGCAUUGUAACCUACGGCUUCCUGGAGACACGCUGUUUGAGGCUGAAAUGAUGGAGGAACUACGAGGAGAGGGCUAUGGCCAGAGAAGGAUGUGUGCCUUACACAUGCUGGAUGCUAUGUGGUUGGGAGGUGAGGAUGUCAGGCAACUUCAUUUCACUGAGAGGAUAACCAAAGCCGAGCUGUUUGUCAAGGCCAUCCACAAGCCCACCAAACCCACCCUCACUCCUCUCAGAGUCAAAGAAGUCUUCAGAUUUGAAGAAAUUCACAAAAUCUUUGACAGACUGGAAUUCAAGCAAGUGAAAGGAUCUGGAAGGCAACAACGUUUGUGCUUCCGAACCAACACAGAAAGACACUUCAUUCCCACCGGUGUCUGCCUGGUCAAAACUAUCAACGAUCCAUGGACGAUGCACUGGAGUAGGACUAACCAGAGGAAAUACUUCUACAAUGCAAGCACUCGGGAGUCCAGGUUUGAUUGUCCACCUGACUGCAUUGCAUCAUUCAAAGCUUGCCAUUUGAACAGACUUCAGUGGGUUUGGGAGGAAGGGGUUCAGAUCCACGAGAGGCAGUUGCAGUAUGACCAAGAGAAGCUAUCCAAAGAUGACAUGCUGGACCUGGUAAACAGACAACGGGUGGUGUGAACCUUGAACCAUCCUCAACCAACGGAAAAAAACAAACAAAAUUGGUCAUGUCAACUCCAUGCAAAAACAGUCGACGGGGCUGGUACAUGUAUAUUAAACCAAAUCAUCAGGCUACAGUGCAUGCCUGAACUGGUUUAAGCACGGAUGGCGUGGAGUACGUACAACCAAUAUUCAUCUGACUGUUCACCAGCCCGUACCAUCUUCCAAGAGGAAUGCACCGGACUGUUGGCACAUUGCUCCAAGGGAGCUACCAGUGUCCUUUUGGUCGCAUUCAUUAAUUCUCAUUGUUGAGGGGGCUUGUGUGCAUGGAGACCACAAGCAACCAGAUAAUCACCAUGAACUUUAUUUCUCUUCAAGGAGAGAUUUCCAAGGAUACUGCGUGAGGCCAGGAGAAAAUGAUAUGCUGGACUUGGUGAACAGACAAUACAUGGUAUGAAUCUGGAUCACCCGUUCCCCCUCCCUUCCCCCUCCCCCCCCCUCCCCCCCCCCCCUCCCCCUCCUCCCUCCUAAAAAAAAAAUGUCUUAGAUGUUAGCCGCAUCCAAAUCUCUUGUCAAGAGCCGUUAUCUAGUUCUUGGACAAUAACACCCAUGUGGGCACAUGCUGACAAUAGACGUAGCCGCAGCUCUAGGCGCCUGUACCAGACACGGCUUUGCAUUGGAAGGAUUUUAGGGUCAGGUCAGCAUGUUGUCACAACUUUGUCUCAGACUCUUUGGAUUUACAAAGCAUUGACCUUUUUUUAUGAAGGGUCUGGUGAUGAAAAUCAAAAGCGAACUUCAGCUGCCCGAUUCCUUCACCAAAAAAAUGUCACCCUCUCAAACUUAGAUUCAAAGGUUUCUUGACGAGAUCAGCAUGGUGUCCUCACCAAACUAUUUUCAGAAGUACAUGUAUUGUGAACAGAAGCAAAUUUGUUAAUUUCAGUGCGAAUGCUCUGUAUCGAGGCCAACAUAUUGAAUGUUUCAAGACAGGGCUGUGCCAAAUAUAUCAAAUAUUCAAAUUUCCAGUCAUCAACUGAAUAUCCCGAUAGCAUUUUAAUUUUUUUCAUCGAUUCAAAUAUUCGAAAAAAUUUGAGCGGUAUUGAGGAGAUCAUAAAAAAACAUCAACAAUGUUAUAUUAAUCGUAUAAGUUGCGUGGCUGUGCUGUAUGUCAAAUCCAGAUUUGGAAAGCCACUUUUGCCAAUGGUUUGAGAGCUUCCAUGAGGACUAUUAGCUCAAAUUGCAUCUCUAAACAGGUCAAAUAUCAGCCAAUCCACUCCCUGUUCUUAAUAUUAUAUCAUUUUAAUAAGUUCUUUCACAAUUUUCAACAGGUGCAGACGCACGCAAAUCCUAAUCUGUGGCCACUUUAGAAUGGCGCAUGUUAAACCUGAUCAGCGGUUGUUUGAAUUUCAAAUAUUCAAUCAAGUCCAAGUUAGAAUAAUAGUGCACUAAAUUACUCGAAAAUGCACAGCACUAUUUCGGGUGUAUGCAAUAAAGGUGUGAUUGGACUGCCAACUGAUAUUCCCAUCGACAAAAAAAAAAGGGAGGAAAAGGAAAAGCAAUACAUGAAUGUGGGCAAAAAUGAUUUCGUUGUACAAACAACCUGAUUGUCGCCAUUGACGACAUGCCUCCUAAAGGAAGAAGAGAUUUCCUAGAAUACUCUGUGAGUCCAAGUCACUCAUUUACAUUAAGGUUUUUUUUUAAUUUGUCGUCAAAUUAAAAAUUGUAACAAAAACUAAGACCAUUCUUAAUUGAUCCAUUGACCUAAUAAUAAUAAUGUGUCUUAAUAAAGUGCAGGUAUCCACUAGUAUUGGUGCUAAUAAAGGCACUACAUCAUUAUUACCCUGUUCAUUGGGCUAAUGAAAAAUUCAAAAUACCAUCUCAGCUCCCUGGGGAGUAUACAGCUCGAUGCUGCCAUUUCGGCGCAGAGCAGCUAAAAUCAACC